AUGUCAUCAGCCUCCAACGAACGGGUGGGGCAGCUCCAGGACACGCCUUCUCGUACCUCUGCAAAUCAUACUGCAUCGAUAAUCCCCCAAGCCGCACGUCCGGCAAGCACGCCAUCACCGAAAACCUCAGAACGCAACAACGCCAUUGCAUCUCCUCAAAUCCAAUCCGAAUUCUUGUCGGCAGGUAACCCGCUAACGGCGAUCCUAUCCAAGAACUCCAGUCCUGCCUCCAGCAUCACCUCAUCGCCCGUCAGGGUCGCACAAAUACUGACACCGACGCCGGCUCGAUCAUCGCAUCACUUCUCAUCCGCGGUGUCCAGCAGCUCCGAGGGCUCCAAGCGAGUGGUGAGAUAUUCUACCCGAAACAGCGCGUCGAGUCUCGAGAUCGAUUCGGACGACGGGGCCUUUGGCGACGAGGAUUCGGAGGCCGAGGCAGUGUCUUCUCGCUUUCCUCGACACAGGAAAGUCGAGAAUCCUCCUCGAGGCGAUCGGGCGGGCCCUCAAAUCUCCCAGAAUCGCGUCGCAGCGUCAGCGGCGUCGCACAAGCACACCAAAUCACCCUCCAGCGCUCGGCAUAUGGAAGACCCACCCAAUGUUGCCCCUUCUGAGCACCAAUCGCAGCGAGCCUCAUUAAACUCACCGCAACUUCCGCGAGACCCUGCGCCAGGUUCGCCCGGUCUUUCUCGUCCAGAAGGCCACAUCCGCUCCAUUCUCAAGGCACCAAAAGCCGGCUCUGGUGUCAUGUCGCUUGACCUUUCGGAUACCAGAAUUAGUGCGACGUGGGCGGCGAUCGCCUCCUCCGACACGCGGAUAUCAUUCUUCGUUUUGGGAUACCUCCACUCGGAAGGCACGUCUGCGCAACAUGAUCCAGUCAGGAGUUCGACCAUCUCCGCGGUGUCUACGGCAUCUACUCAAUCAACGGUCACUCUGCGACCCGGCGUGCCCCAGCCGAUGAUCGUCGUCGCCGAGGGCACAUACACGGGCGUAAAGGGUUUAAGAUCUAUCCAGGAACAUCUGAUACCGUCUGAAGCCCGUUUUGCUAUUUUGCGCGUCAUGGACAAGUACCUUUUGGUACAGUGCCUUGGGGAGGGUUUGAGGUGAGUGAAAUUCCUUGUCUUCAUGUUGUCUGCUCGGAUCAAAGAUGGCGAUGACGCGAGUCACGAAGAUCGCACAAUGUCGCGUGUCUCAUGGGUACAGCCACGGAGCUGUGCCGUCCCUCCCGCGCCUUCGUGUGCACGUAAUCGCACGGGCGAUCUCUUUGAUGGAAGAUGAAGAAGAGAAUCAAUGCUUCGAUGCACGGACCGCUGCGAGGAGUUGCAGUCCGGGGAGAUGCACUUCGUGCGAAGGCCAAGCCUUGAGGCACUUUUGGAAGGCAGACUUCCACUAUAACAGUGUGACUAUGAUUAUCGGCAAAGCUGACACGUCUGUACUUCUUCUGUCCCACAGCGGCGUGCGCAGAGCGAGGGCUUUAGUACACGGGCGCUCGCUGAUGGCUCACUUUCCCACGCUGACCGCGACGACAGUCGUAUCCAAAGCUGUUGAGCUCACCGACUUUUUGAUCCGAUUCAAACUCAAACUUAAUGCCGACACGCCAUUGCGCCCGCUGCGUAUACAUCGAGGUGAAACGGACGACGAGUGGGAAGAGACGGAUGCGGAAAGUGUUAGCGUCAUGCAAGGCCCGAUUCACGACACCAACGGAGGACACCAAUCGCCCGCCCUUGCAAGCUCGAGCGCAAGCUCCCCUGACCUUGAUGACGGACCUCGUGAUGGUCACGAGAGCCGCGAGAGCCGCUACGACUCUUCCAGGUACUCGAGAGACACGGACGCGAGUACUCCAUCUACACGUGACAUUGCCACGCCUUCCAGCCUCGGUGGAGACAUCAACGGAUUCCCUCUUCCUCCGGAAUGCAACGGCUUGGAACGUAAAUUGGCAGGUGAUGAGACUGAAGAUGGCAGAGCCACAAAGAUGAGCACUGCCAGCCAAAGCACUACCGGCUCCACCAUCUUAGGCUUGGGAAUGUCCUCUUUGGCGAAGGGGUAUCUCAGCGCCCGAACUAGCGUCGCCACCCAAAGAAUGCGAGAUCUCGCACCGACGCCUAUCACGGAAGAGGGCAGCUCGUACGACGACCGCAGAAGCUCAGUCGCGACGGAGCUUCCUAUCUCGAGUCAAAUUCCUCCUCGCGAGCGCGAGUUGCCCCCCCUUCCGCUCGAUGAGCCGGACGAGACCGAUGCCUAUGGUGGAAUCGGCGCCGAUGGUUCUGCUACACCGCGCGUGAAUACGUUGACGCUUGGCUCGACGGAGGCCAGACUCCUGGAACAGAUCGUGAGCCCUGAGCCCGGAGACGACGCAGAAGAGCGAGACCGGCUCGAGCGCGAAAAGCAAGACUUCUUGAGCUGGCAACACGAGCAAGCGGAGCGCAUUGAAGCGAAAGAAAAAGCCCGCGCAAAGCGGCGGGAGCGCGAAAGGAUCAAGCGCGACGAAAAGAAGCGCGAGCAGGUCAUGUCCAAGCUCAAGAGGGAACAGGAGAGCUGGGCGGGUGGUGACGUCAGUGAUACGCCCAAUGGCCACUCGAAUCCGAGGCACGAUACCCCAAACUCUGGCCGCCAUCGUCGCGUUGACAGCAGGCAGAGUGGAAGUGAGAGUCAGAGCGGCCGUAGCGCGCACACCCAAUCGGAGCUGCGUGGAGACAGUCGUAUCAGCAACAACAAGUCGUCGGGAGACGAGUCGAGCGAUCAUAGGAGACGCAAUGUCUUAUCACCGCUGGGGGCGCCUCCCAAUCUUGCCUUGCCGCCAACGCCAAGAACGCCCGCUCUCGUCCGCUCCCCACGGUCACCUCCCCCGUUGUCGCCACUGCCACGCACCCCCAGAGAAAUCGCAGCGGCACAUCGCUUGUCGGAGGGGCUCACCUCGCCGAAGCGUGCAAGCUUCCCAGAGGCUCGCAGUCCGCCGCUUGGGCCUGCAACGCUUCCCUCUCACGAGGCGCCACCUAAACUCGCUUCUAGCAGGCCUGUAUCGGCCAGGAUGAGCGAAGGACCGAGCAGAGCUGACGUCCGGUCUCCAGAAUUCAGGCUGCCAAUUCUCACUGCGGGAUGGACUUGCACGCCAGAGGCUGAAUUUCCUGUCGAUGAGAUAGCGCACGAUGAACGUGCUCAAUCUUCGUCCUCUACCGACUCGCCGAGUGUCGCGACUGGUCUCACGGCAAGCGCUGUCGACAGAUCACGAUCGAACUCGUUGCUGGCGUCAAGCAGUUCUCAUCACCAUGGGGCGGGACCUUCGUGGCCGUACCGCAGUCGCAAUCCCACGUGGAGCGGCAGUACUCUCAACACGGCUCCAACUUCCAUCGCGACAUCCCCACGAAGACCUCUGCUCAACCUGGGGAGUGCCGGAGAAGCUAGAAUUGGGCGUCACUCGCGGAACGGCUCGAAAGAUGAUGCAGCUCGCGACGGGGCAGUCUUGAGCCCAACAGCAGCAGUCACGACCACUCCAGAGCUCACGGGCAUGAUCCGAAAGAAGAAUUUGCCCCCACUUCCUAAGUCGUCCUCGGGCAGCGAGAAUGAGAGUAGUCCGGAAGAAAAGACUUUGUCAGCUGAAGCGAGACAGCGGGCACGAAUGGCGGAUCAGGCAGCUCUGGCAGCUCAGGCUCAGAUCGAAAUCGCCCGGGCUGAGCAGCGCAGACUUGCUUUCGAGAUCAGCGAAUCUGAGCGACGUAAUCGUGAGCGGAGCGAAGCUGAAGUGCUGAUACGUGCAAAAUGGGCAAAGGAGCAGGCGAGUCGCAAUCAGCUGGAUGCAUACGAGCGAAGCAAGCUCGAGAGCGAGGUGAGUCUGCUAGUGGAACUUCCUUGUGUAUGAUGAUGACGCGGCUGACAUCUGGCUUGCUCUCAGGAACGUCGCCGCCGCGCCCACGUCGCUGAACAGAAGCGAAAAGAGGCGGAAGCCGCCGAACGAGCUCGAGAGGAUCAAAGGCGCCAGGAGAUUGAAAUGCAAGAAGCCCUGGAGCAUUCGGCGCGCAAAAAGAGAGACGCGCAGGCACGAGAGGCCAAGCUCGUGGCGGAUGCUGACGCGGCUCGCAAGCGUGGAGAAGCGGCUGCUAUUCGGAAAGCGGUCAAGCAGCGCGAUCGAGAGAUGCUUGCCAAAGAAUUUCUGCGUUUGCAAGCUGCAGGCGAUAUGGUCUUGGAGGGAGAUUUGAGCGUUCAAAUUGGAGACGCUACGGGCUGGAAGAGGCGCUGGUUCGCGCUCAAAGACGGAGAAAUUGCAUUCUUCAAGACGUCUCAUGACGCCCAGCGGAAUACGCCCACCGAGCAUUACAACCUUAGAGGGGCCAUCGCAUCGAUCGAAGAUGCUUUCGAGGAGGCACAGAUGCCACACAGUUUCCGAGUCAACUUUACGAGCGAGAGCGGUAGCGAAUGUUUUGUCGCUUACACUGACACCGAAGACGACAUGGAGGUGCUGCUGGUUGGGAUGCAAACCUUGAGCAAGCAACUCGCCUAG